AGUCCUCGUUCUGAAGUAGCGCAGAACCGCUUCUGACGUUUUCAGGUCUGCACACAUAAGCAAAAUCGGUGACUGAAAUGCACACAGUUUUUUUCCUUAUCCACUUACAAUCGAAAUUUUUUUCCCUAAAAUUGAUGUUGAAUGCGGGCACGCGGUACACUGUAGUAAAGUGAUUGCAUUUGCUUCAUUUUCAUACAUGCACAUCAAUACUGAAAGUGAAGCCAUUAAGAAGACCAAAAUGGUAGUGCUUUCGAUCGAGCGCAGAUGGAAGGACUACCUGGCUAGUCCCGAACGGGUUAAGGCCGCAUUGAAGAAAAAGUACGCCGCUGAGUUUAGAGAAACGGUGAAGGACGACGACGACGGGAAAAAAUUGUUGGCUUUCAAUGACAAGUGCCUGAUCCGGCAUUUGUGGCUCAGCGACGAGCUGUCAGAUCCGGCAAAGCGCGCCUCCCUGCUGAAGAGCACGGCAAGUGAGGAAUCGAUGAUAAUCUAUGAUGGUCACAUGCGGUGUCUAGUUGCUACAGGUCGCACUGCUCGCCGUCUCGCAGACCACAAAGCUCCACUGGCCGGCGUUCCGGAUGAUCUGAAAUCGCUCACGGCGAAAAAGCUUGAUUCCUGGUUCAGAAGAAACGGGAUGAUGGAUGGAAUAAUCAACAUCGAAAAAACAAAGAUGUCGAAUUUUGUCGAGCCGCGGGUUGUUGUGGUGUUCGAGAUUGUGAAUAUCAACGAGCCGUAUUUGGAAACGUUUCCGAAUCUCGACGCACCCGUUUCGCCACGUCCGCGUAUAACCGUCGAGAGCCAAGAUGACACUGUCACAUUCGCAGAGCUGGGAUUUUGUCGAACCAAGCAUAUGCUGGUCAGGGAUAUCAGGCUGCUCGGCAACAGUAUGAACUUUUUGAAACGACAUACUCCCGUCUCCCGAGUUGGAUAUAACUUUUCCUGUGUAAGUACAUGCACAAUGUGACAUUGGUGUGAAAUCAUCCAUAUGUUGUUGGACGGUGCAUGCCCAUGAAAUCUUUUCAUUGGGGUCGGUUUGGGUUUGCAGCUUCAUCAAGCCUUACCCUACCCUUAAAAAUUUUAGGUUCCCUUGAGAUGCUUCACAUCCCACUUCUGGGCGAAGGCCAGGCCUUCCCGCGUGCGGAGAGGAAAAACGAUGUGUUCGAAGAAGUCGUGGCUGCAAGGUCGUCUGACGAGCCCAUGCCGGAAGUUUUGGUUAAGUCCUCGCUUGCCGCAAAUGGCAAGGAGGAACGACUUCACAAAAAUGAUUUUGUCGAAAUUCACUCGCUUGGAAAGGCAGAAGAGUUGAAUGGACGCGGAGCAUUUGUCGACGCUCUGACAUUUCCAGACAAUGCAGAGAAGGUAACCAUUCGCAUUCCCCAGUUGAACGACAAGCGGGUGGGCAUCUUGCCGAAAAACCUAAGACUGCUCUGCUUACAACUUGGUGACGUUCUGAAGAGCGGGACUGCUCAAGUCGAUCCUACUGUGGAGCAGAGAGGCGAGCCCCACCCCCAGCCGGAGCGGGGGCGCAUGGAGCUCAUUGCGGCUGUGCCUGCGUUUGAGGAUGUGGCUCGCACUUCUGACCCGAU